AUUGGAAUAGGCGGAUUUAAAACAGCGCACCGAGGAUGGCUAACACUGACGGUACCUCCUAGCUCAGGUCUGGGGUCACGCGCGAGUCACAAGGUUGUUGUGAAACGACCAUUCCACAAAGUGUACCCCCAAGGCAAUAGCAUCGACUACAGAAUUGGACGCUUUGCGGCAGUCGACGAGCUCGCCAAGCUGUUCAGAGAGGCCAACGUCCUAUACUGGGCGAAGGCGCUUUUAGGUUUUGUGUAUGAUUUCAUCAACCACGCCAUUGCAGACGCAUCUGAUCCUCCGCCAUUCGCUAUUCCACAAGUGUGGUUUGUUGAAGCCGGUCUUGUGCUAUCUUACUCUCAAGGCAACAGCAAGUCUACAUUAAAGACAGGGACAACACGCACAGCUUUCCUCCUUGAGGAGGUUAUUGAGGGCGAAGAUUUCACCAAAUUUAUCCAUAAUAUGGAUCCUGACCCGCUGCUUGAC